UCUUCGCCUCUGGUUCGACAUUCUGACCGAUCGGAAAAUAUAAAGACCGCACAUAAAGACCAAGACCGUGAAGAGAGGGGAACGGUAGACCGAAGACAGAGGACCGAAAAGCAGAAAAUAACAAAAAUCCAUUUCUAUAUACCCGAGAUCGAGACCGAGACCGAGAUGUGUAUAUGAACGCAGUUCCUGCUCGUAGACCGGUCGUCCGUAGCAUCGUUGUGCUCCACAGUUCCAAAGUUCAGUGACAAAAGAUUCGGGUGCGAAGAGUCCGAAUCCUGCGCGAGGAAGAAGGAAUCGCGAGAAGACUUGUUGUAAUGGUGGACAGGCGUUGGAUUUUCUGUGAGAGCGGCGAGGAUCCAAACUUCAGAAAGGAGCACUGCGAGUACACCCAAAGCCAGCACCGAUAAAU